AUGAGUCCCGCCCAAAAUGUUGUUACGAAGAAGAUGAUGCUGGUUAUGGCGCUUUGCCUGACUCAGUCACUCGUUACUCACUCCAUCCUAAACAAGUGUCACGUUCACGUCAGCAACGGGUUCAGCCACGGCGAGUUUCUGGAAGCUCACUGCAGAUCCAAGGACGACGAUCUCGGUGUCCGCCACCUCCUCCCCUACAACGAGUUCAAUUGGACGUUCCGUACCAAUUUCUUCUCAACGACCAAGUUCAGCUGCCACAUGUGGUGGACCGGCGGCGAAAAGUACCUUGACGUCUUCUGGACGGACGACAAGUUCCUUGAUAAAGAAUGUGCCGGGAAUAACUGCCGGUGGAGAUCGCAAGAUGACGGCGUAUAUUUGUUCAGCUAUAAGCAUAAAGAAUAUCGUUUGAAAUAUAACUGGGAUCCUUGGAAUAAGACUAAAAAUCAUUCAUAUUUAGACAAGAAGAUGUUGAGUUAA